AAAUUAUAUAUAUUGCACGGUCAAUCUGGAAGUAUAUCAUCUGGCUCUUUCUGACACACAAAAUUGUCUAAAAUUGACCUUUACAUUAGAAAAUUCUACCUUUGUGGUACCAUAUAGUCUAGAGAUCCUACGUCACUUCUUAUCCCUCUCAUGUACCCUAUGGAGUUUCCUAGCACUCCCAAGUUUCACAUCUCACUUGUGUCUUUGUUGGUGCUUUUAUCUGCAGCUACCAUAAUAUUGAACCCUGUAUUUGCCACAAAAGAUUGUGAUUUCCCUGCCAUCUUUAACUUCGGUGACUCAAACUCGGAUACUGGUGGCUUGGCUGCUUCUCUUAAUGCACCAACGGCACCAUAUGGAGAGACCUAUUUUCACAGACCCGCUGGAAGAUUCAGUGAUGGCCGUCUCAUCAUUGAUUUCAUAGCACAGAGUUUUGGGCUACCCUAUCUAAGUGCUUAUCUUGAUUCCCUGGGGACGAAUUUCUCACAUGGUGCAAACUAUGCAACAGCAGCAUCAACAAUCAGACCACCGCCUAGUAUUAUACCUCAGGGUGGAUACAGUCCUUUCUACCUUGAUGUUCAGCACACUCAAUUUAGAUAUUUCAAACCCAGAACACAAUUCAUUAGACAUCAAGGAGGCAUAUUUGCAAGCUUGAUGCCCAAAGAAGAGUAUUUUCCUGAAGCUUUGUACACAUUUGAUAUCGGUCAAAAUGAUCUUGGUGCUGGCUUUUUUGGAAACUUGACUGUACAGCAAGUCAAUGCUUCUGUACCUGAUGUUGUCAACAGUUUCUCAGAAAAUGUUAAGAACAUAUAUGAUUUGGGGGCUAGAUCAUUUUGGAUACACAACACUGGACCCAUUGGCUGUCUCCCUUAUAUUUUAGCCAAUUUUCUAUCAGCGGAAAGGGAUGGUUAUGGUUGUGCAAAGCCAUAUAAUGAAGUAGCUCAGCAUUUCAACAAGGAAUUGAAGGAAGCUGUGGUUCAACUUCGCAAGGACCUUCCUCUGGCUGCAAUCACAUAUGUAGAUAUCUACUCUGUUAAGUACUCUCUUUUUAGCAACCCAAAGAAAUAUGGAUUUGAGCACCCACUAGUUGCUUGCUGUGGCUAUGGAGGGAAGUACAACUUCCGCACUAGUGUUGAAUGUGGAGGAACCAUAGAGGUCAAUGGCACUAAAAUUUUUGUGGGUUCAUGUGAAAGACCAUCUGUUAGAGUGAAUUGGGAUGGAGUCCACUACACAGAGGCAGCUAACAAGUUCAUCUUCGAUCAAAUUUCUACUGGGGCUUUCUCAGAUCCACCUCUUCCCUUGAACAUGGCAUGUCAUAGAAAUUCUAAAAACAAUUGAGCUUUAGUUGCUUUUCAAUGCAACGACUUGUGUUAGAAAUAAAGUGUUGUUGCAUAUCAAGUCUAAAUAUUAUAAUUUAUAAACACAUCGAUAUUACUGUAUCAUAUAAUAAAAAUUGAACCAGUGGUUUGAUAUCUCUCAAGCCCUACUUCUAUAUUUGACUUUUUCCAUCUUGUAAGAUAAAUAUUGCA